AUGGUGACCAUCAUGGCAGCUUCCAAUCUCAACACCCCUAUGUAUUUCUUUCUCUACAACCUGUCCUUCUUAGAUCUUUGCUAUUCCACGAUCAUAACACCAAAGAUGUUAGCCAACCUUUUGUCAGAUAAAAAAACGAUAACUUAUCCUCAAUGCAUACUGCAGAUGGUUUUAUUUGGGGCUUCAGUAACCAUUGAGUGUUUCUUACUUGGAAUUAUGGCCUAUGAUCGAUAUGUUGCUAUCUGUAAUCCAUUGUUAUAUGUGAUCGUUAUGAACAAGAGACUAUGUGCCCAGCUUGUAGCGUUUGCCUACCUUGGGGGCUAUUUUAAUGCCACAAUUCAUACAACUUGUACUUUUGAUUUGCCAUUCUGUAGAAGCAAUAAAAUAGACCACUUCUACUGUGAUGUGCCACCACUCCUGAAGCUCUCUUGCACCGAUACCACAACAAACGAACUCAUUAUGUUCAUAUUUGGUGGAUUUGCCGAAAUGAGCUCCCUCAUAACUAUUACUGUGUCCUACACCUAUAUCAUUUCUUCAAUUGUAAGUAUUAGUUCCCACCAAGGAAGGUCAAAAGCUUUUUCCACUUGUGCAUCGCAUCUUACGACUGUCAUUAUGUUUUAUGGGACGAUCAUGUUCAUGUAUUUAAGACCUUCCUCUACGUAUUCCAUGAGUCAGGAUAAAGUUGCUUCUGUGUUCUACACAGUGAUUAUUCCAAUGCUGAACCCACUAAUCUAUUCUUUACGAAAUAAAGAGGUAGCACGAGCACUAGUAAAGAUUAAGGAAAAACAGAUAUCAAGGUGGUUAUAG